UUUUUAUUCAUUUUAAUAGGCUCUAACAUAAACUAUUUAUAUUUUUAUAAAGCUUCACAAUCAUCAGUAUGAGUGGCGAACCUCAGGCAAAGCGAACAAAAAUGAGUGCCUUGGAACAAUUAAAACAAUAUUCGACGGUGGUGGCGGAUACCGGGGAUUUUGAAGCCAUGAAAGCAUAUAAACCGACAGAUGCUACAACAAAUCCAAGCUUAAUUUUGUCUGCCGCUGGAAUGGAACAAUACCAGCAUUUGUUAGAUAAAGCCAUUAAAUAUGGCAAGGAUUGUGGAGGAUCAAUUGAAGAACAAUUGGUAGAGACAUUGGAUAUGCUCAGUGUGCUAUUUGGAUGUGAAAUACUUAAGAUUAUUCCUGGAAGGGUUUCUGUUGAAGUUGACGCUAGAUUAUCUUUUGAUAAGGAUGCUAGUAUGGCUAAAGCUAUUAAGUUGAUUGCAAUGUUUGCGGAACAUGGCAUUAAGAAGGAAAGAAUUCUUAUCAAGUUAGCAUCAACUUGGGAGGGAAUUCAAGCUGCAAAGGAGUUGGAAAAGAAACACGGAAUUCACUGCAAUCUGACACUGCUGUUCUCUAUCUACCAAGCUAUUGCUUGUGCUGAAGCUAAUGUUACACUUAUUUCUCCAUUUGUGGGAAGAAUUCUGGAUUGGUAUGUGGAAAACACAAAGAAGACGUAUCAGGCGACAGAAGAUCCCGGUGUACUGUCAGUUACUCGCGUGUUCAAUUAUUACAAGAAGUUUGGAUACAAGACUCAAGUGAUGGGCGCGUCUUUCCGUAACACGGGUGAAAUACGCGAGUUGGCCGGCUGUGAUCUUUUGACCAUCAGCCCUAAACUCUUGCAGGAAUUGGCUAACAGUGAACAGCCCAUCAAAAAGGUACUGGACGCAAAAGUAGCCGCACAAAGUGAUUUGGAGAAGAUUUCCCUGUCCGAGGCGCAAUUCCGUUGGCACCUCAAUGAAGAUCAGAUGGCUACUGACAAGCUUUCUGACGGCAUCAGGAAAUUUGCUGCGGACACCAGAAAACUUGAAACUCUUAUCAAGGGAAUGCUUGCUAGCAAGAAGUAAUUGAGUGAAGCAAAAUAUGUUUUUUUUUUGAGUUAUGAUACUGUUGCAAAUGUUUCAAUAAUCCAGUGAUUAUUAUAAUAUAUUAUUGUUGAUAUUUUUUAAAGGUGCAUUUUAUAAUGUUGUAUUUAUACUUGUAUAAAUAUACUCCGUUUACUAUGUUUUUAAUUUUUAUAGGAUAAGGUGUAAAUGAGAAUAAGCUUAACUAUUGAGAGGGUCCAAAAUUUUAUACAUUCCUGUUCUUUAUUAUAUAUUUAAAUUAGAGCACAAUUUUUUGGUGAUGUUAUUAAAAAAUGUACUUAUA